CGGCCUUUGUUUACAUUUGUGGUUGUGGGGGUGGUACUGACAGCGAGUCCGCUCACCGGGACUGUUCAGCUGACUACCCUACUUCAUUGUGGCUCUAACGGCUGUCACAUCUCAGCUCUCACGGCCACAAGGAACCACAAGCAAGUCAGUGAGGGAAGGCUGGAGUGUGUAGGAGGCGAGGAGAAACUGCCAUGGCCACGAGUGAGGUGGAGGGAUUCCCUGAUAAUUUCACUCCUGAUAAAGCGAAGGCUGCUUUGCAAGAGAUCCUGGCAGCUUUGACAGGAGGAGAAGUAGUGGAGGCCCUGGAGUCAGCAAGGGAGACGGCAGGAAAUGACAUGGUGGCUCUCAUGACCCGUGUGUUCCCACUAGUGACACAGGUUACCACCAAAGUUAUAAGCAACUAUGGUUUCACCCAAGAUGGAGUUGGAGCAAUCCAAUUUGAACAUGUCAUGAAGAGUCUUGAACAGGAUGAUCCUGAGGUUGCAAGACUUCAUGCCCAAGUUAGGUCCUAUUUUUUGCCAGCAGUGGUCAUACCUCCAUCAGGGCAUCCCUGAGCUUCGUAAAACCAGCAUCAUAGGAACCACACUGCUGUUUAUCAGUACACAAAAGGAUUUUCUGGAAAAAAAAAACUGACAUUAAUCUGGACCAAGCUGCAAGAGACAGAUAACAAAAGAUGUCUUGAGUGGAGCCUUUACUUAAUAAUUCAUGACAAUACAGGUUGGCCCAAGAGUAGCUGACACUUACUGAAGAGUUUUAUCAACUUGCUGCUUUUUAGGAUCACAUCAGUAAUGGUCAUAGUUUGAAUAUGUAGUUCUGAGGACAUUCAGAGAAAAAUACCUGCAAAACUAAAAUAGUGAAACAACCACUACAUCCACUCAUGGUUUUAUAGCAAUUUUCUCAAUUUUUGACAGUCUGAUCUUUCAAUAUACCUCCUACAAACUGACAAAGAUAUGAAUGCGUGCUGUUGGAAAUAUUCAGUAAUGCAAAAACUCAAUAUGAUUAAUGAAAGUUAAAUUAUGGGAUGCUACAUUAAGAUUGAACGCAUUUCAGAAAGUUUCUUCUGUUUCUCAACAUCUACUUUUCUUAUUAUGUCAGGACCACUGUGUUGUAUGGCAUCAGGCAGCUGUAAUAUAAUAGCUGUUGUUCUGUACAGAUAUGACAGUUUAUAUAGUGAAUAAGAUAUGUCUCCUCACUUAGUCUAUUAAUUUUUUUAUAUAAAUGUUAUAUCUCUAGUCCUGUCUUGUUCAAAGCUUUUCCUCUUUUGCAUUCUCUACAGUAAACUGUAGAUUCCCAAGAUAUGUGAAAAUUAUCAUCAAUUUCAAAUACAAAUAUAUAAUCUUGCAAUUUUAAUUAACUGUUAGUCAUCACUUCUAUUCUGUGUACUUGAGGCAAUCAUCCAGGCAAUAUAGUACCUUCUCAGGAGUCAGGAAAAGCAGGUGGCAGCAAAGACAAUGAUGAAUGAAUAUUUUAUCAGAAGUAUCUGUCAUCUUGAGGGAGUGUGGCAUGGGUGGAGGCUGGGAUGAGAAAGGCCACUGAAUGCUACACAAUAUAUCUAUCCUGAUAAAUUACAGCAAACAUUCUGUAACAAAACAACUUGAAUGCAAGAAAGGUGUAUCCAUGGAGUGCCUUAUUCAAGAUUAUGAUGUGGGAACUACUGCUGCAUAUCACUGAAGCUUAACAAGGACUGUGAUGAUCAGAAACUACUGAAAAAUAAAAAAAAAAUAUAGCACAGGACAAAACAUGAAAGAACACAACCGAGUACUGACUGCCACUUGGAAAUAAAAAAGUUAUGAAUAA